CGCUUGCUUUUCAAGAAGGGGGGAUCGUGCGGGCGCCCUUCUGUGUGCUGACAGUGAGGGGGAUUAUAGGGGUCUGCAACGAGAAGGAUGGGGAGCGGGGCUGUCGCAAGGGAGGACCGGGCUGUUAAUGACCGGCGGGAUAGAGAAAGAGAUACCAAGCGGGCUCGAGAGAAGAGCCCGAGUCCGCCUUUCAGAGAAAGGGAGAGACGCCGGUCGCCACCUGGCAAGCGCAGGCGCGAGGAUGAGCGCGAUGGAGGUGGAAGGCGAUCAGGGGGCAGGAGCAACGCUGACAAGUUCCGGUUUGAAGCCGCGCGAGGAGACUCCCCACCGCCACCUUUUGAUGAUGCUGGUCGCCGACCACGCAACGGGGCCGCAGACCCUGCUUUUGCAAGUGGCUGGGAUAUUCCACCAGGCAGAAGACAAGAGGAUGGGGAGGGACUUCAAAGCUACAAGCAGUUCUUACUCACGCUACCUGAUGACAUCAGUCCAGCCGAAGGAGAGCGAAGGUACGAAGAAUACAAGACACAGUUUGUCCAAGCACGCAAACGGGAGUAUUUUGAGCGGAACAAGAAACGGUCAGAGCUUCGCGAGAAGUAUGACCCUGUGAAGCUCGAAGAAAUUUGGCAGCGGAAGUUGGAAAAGGCGCAGGCGGCAGCAGCUACCUUUGCAAAGGAUCUGGAUGAGGGCAAGCUACGCACGGGUCCGCUGGAUGGAGACGAUGACAGGCGUCGUGAUGACAAGGUCCCUGCAAUUGCGUCAGACCCCCAAAGGAUACAGCAGGACAUCAAGCAGUGCACGGCGCUCAUCAAGAAGCUUGACGCUGAAAAGAACAUCCCGGAAAACAAGCUGAUUGCGUCUGUUGAAGCGUCAGAAACCGGUGCCGGGGCCGCAGAUUUUAGCCUGGACGGGGACAAGCUGCUGGAUGCGCUGCUCACGUACCUGUGGCUGGUCCAUUUUGUGGACUACUAUGGGGGGCUAGAGGCCAGGUCGGGGCGCGGGGACCGUCACCAUCGGAGUGCCCCCGUCAGCGAGGUAGCGGCCACGCCAGAGGGGACCGCUUGGGAACAGAAGAUCGACGCCGUUUGGCAAGCGAGACUGAAAACGGGGGAUCCGAUCGAAGCUCUGCUUGGUGCGGAUAAGGUCCAAGCGGCCAUUGACAAGGGCCUGGAUGGGUACACCAAGAAGACCCAGGAUGCCAAGUACGGCUGGAAAUAUGGUUGCGGAGCGCAGGGCUGUACCAAGCUGUUCCACGGCCCCGACUUCGUCCUGAAGCAUCUUAAGGCCAAGCACCCGAGCUUAGUCGAGCCGCUCAAGGAGCGGGCACUGAACGACGUCUAUUUUGCAAACUACCUCAAUGAUCCGAACUCCCCCGUCAACCUUGGUCCUCCACCCUCGAAAGGAAACCAGCCUCCCCCCCGCGACCGUGGCCCUUUCCGCCGCGACGAGCCGCCUCGGCGACCCAUGCGCGAGCGGCUGGGCCCGGGGAUCGCCGACGAGCGGGACCUGCCCCCCCAGAGCCGGGAGCUGCUCGAGCGCGACCUCCCGCCCCCUCCCCCGGCCACGGGGGUCCGGGGCCGGGGCCGGGGUCGGGCCGUCCCCCUCGCCCGGGGCUUUACCCCCCCUCGGGCGCCGCCCUUCCGGGGACCGGGGAUGGAGGGCCCUCCGUUCGACGACCGUCCGAUAGUGCCAUUCGACGACCCGCGGGACAUGAUGGACGGACGGCCGGGCAAACCGCCGGGAGAUGGCUAUCUUCCCCGGGAGCGGAUGCCCGUGCCCAUGUACGACGACGAGUUUGGCCCCGGGCGGCCAGUCGACUUCGACGGGCCCAUGUUCGACGACCCGUUUCCGCGCGGCCCUGGGGGCCCGGGUUUCGCACCCAUGCCGCAAGUGCUCAUACCAGUGCCCGGAGCAGGCCCUCUCGGUCCUUUCGUCCCCGCGCCCCCAGACGUCGCCCGCCGCAUCCUGGCUCAGCGCGAGGCAGGCGGCAUCCCGCUCGGCCCGGGCCCGGUCAUCGCCAACCAGGAUUUCGACGACGGGUUCAUCCCCGAAAUGCCCCCUCCCCGAGGUCCCCCCCUGGCGGAUCGACUGGGGCCUUUGCCCCCCGAACGGGGCCCGAUCGAACCGCGGGGCCCCCCUGAGCAGUUGGGCCCGCCGGAGGGUAGAGGCCCACCCCCUGACAGGAAUCUGGCGGCGAGACUGGGACCGGUGCGGGAGGAUAUGUCUCCGGAGGAGAUGGGCAGGCAGGAGGGGCGCGGUCGGGGUAGAGGGGGCUUCAGGGGGAGGGGCAGGGGUGGGUUCAUGCGGGGAGGGUUCAUGCCCAUGAUGCCGCCGCCGCCAAACAUGAGGCAGGACCCGCGGGGAGUGAGAGAGUACGUGGAUUUGGAUGCACCAAGUGACGAGGUCCCAGUGCUUGACUACCGCAGUCUCUGAGCGGAGUCCCUGAGUGUCGUUGGUGACGCUGUCUACUCUGCAGCGUUUGUAAGCGCGGAGACCCUUUGACUUCACCUUCAGUCAGCAUAAUUCUUACAAUUUACUCAAAGCAAUCUCUCGAAGUUUAUGCUUGAAUACCCAGGUGCUGCUGGCGUUUUCGAAGCAAUGUUCUGUCGCGUCCUUCCCUG